CUUUGCUUUCCCUAGCUUACAUGGCAUCAUCCUUCGAUUGUGUCAUUGGGGCUUCUCCAGAUGCAUCGAGGCAGAGCCCUGAAUCUGCAGUUGCCGUGUGCCCUGGCGGCUGUUUGUUUGGUCUUCCUGAACGAGGUGAUUCUUGCAGCUUUGCCGUUGGUGCAGCGUGCGGAACCAGAUAGUUUCCUGGAUGACAUUUUGCUGCAGCCAGCCCUGACAGCUGAUGACCGCCCUGGCUGUAUGGAGAAUGGUUUGGCUGUACAAGAGGCAUCUGCUUCCUGGAGAGAUUUGGAUAAUCCGCUGAAGCGAUUGGCGCCAGAUUCCUUGCGAAUUCUACCAGCUGGUGAGGAGGGGAAGCGCAUGUCGAGGACUCGGCGCUGGAUGACAUUUGGCAUGUCUAGCAUCAAGCGACCAAAGGCAUCCUACUUGGGCAUUACUUUGUCACGUAUGUUCAACGUAUUGGAUUUGGAGUUGGCAGAGACGGCCAUAGUUGUACACCUUGCCGACUUUGACGAAGACUGGGUUCUCGCGACAGCAAAGUGGUUACGAGCAAGCUUCAGCGCUGAAGCAUCAAAAGGACGACUGCAAGCCAUACAUGCACCUCGCAACCUGUACGCGCUCAAACAAGCAGAGCUCAAUGCACUUGACUUGGGUGGUUUUUGCGACUUCACGAUCAAUGGUAAGUACAUGCGUCGCAAAGAUGAGGUAGGAGGUCAUAUGACUUACUGGUCCAAAAAUGGGAAGUGGAUUUUGUAUUGGUGUAGUCAAAGGGCUCAGACAGCCAUUGUACACAGGCGUUGGGCUGUGGGAAAAGUGGAGGAUUGGGACUCAAUCCAGAGUGGGACCUGUGUGGCAGUUGCAAGGGCUCCUGAGGAUAUGGAGGUGCUGGAUCCCAUCAUCAAGGGCUGGGAAGAGUUUUUGGGAAGAUGGGAAUUGGCGCCAAAGGCAGGUAUCUCAAACUUGGACCUCAGCGAGGGCGAGUUGCUGAAGUUUGGUGACAGCCCGAAGAGGCAGUGGUGGAGAACCAAACAGAAUCUGGAUUACACCUUCCUGAUGUGGUACGCAGCGAACAUCUCCGAUUACUACAUGCAAAUGGAAGAUGAUAUUCAACCAGUGCCUCAUUUCAUUUUGACAGUGCGAAGUUACAUUCAGCGGAGUUUGCUUGGGAAGCACUGGGUUAUGGCAUCCUUUUCCUCAUUAGGAUUCAUUGGCAAACUCUUCAACAACAGCCACGUCCCAAAACUUGCAGAAUUUUUGCUAACUUUCAGCACAGAGGCUCCCUGCGACUGGCUAGUGUGGGUUUGGAUUGAUGCCAUGAGUCCUUGGCCUGUCGCACCCGACAUUCCCAAAGAUGUGGAGCAAGAGACACAAAAGCGUGAAAAAGCUAUCAAGGAUGGCCCGGAAGCUGUCAAGAAGCUUGGCUUCAUGCGGGAUGACUUGCAAGCAUAUUACUUGAAUUCCUCCUGGCCACAACUCUUUCAGACUCCUGCAGUAGAAGUUGACACAACAAAAGCUUGGCCUGACCAGAACGGGGCGGUGGAAUCACGAUUUCCUCAAGCGAGGGUGGAGUCAAACAUGAAGGCCCAUAAGGCAUUCACCGCAAAUUUGGUCUAUCCACCUGGUGAUCCUCUUGGCUUUUGGACGUCAGAUACAUGUACUUUCCCAAGUGGCAAGGCGGACCCAUUGUGUGAGCAUCAGAAGAAGUACUUCAGAUUGGUUUUCAAUGAGCCCCUGCAUGGUGAAGUGAAGGUGAUUAUUCGACAAAGCCGUGCGCAGCAUGAAAACGAUUUCAUCAAGAGUGGCUCAUUGCAAGUCUCCAGGACGCAAGACUGCAACAAGCUCCAGCGAGUCAAGGAGCUCCAACAAGCAGAGGAAAUUUGGAAAGGGCAUAUGGAUCGUGUGCUUUGUUUGCAAGUCACCCUUGACAAGCCUCAGCCCGAGUGGAUUGCCAUCCGCGAGAUAGUGAUUGAACCGCAGAGCUCUACUUCGACAAAACCAAAUUUCCUGUCGCCAAAAGUACAUUCUUCUGAAGUGUCACAUUCUUUUCAUUAUGCCUUGCAACAUGCGUUUGAAGCUGCAGCUCUGGGCUUCCUGGCAGGAAGCCUUGCAUGGGUUGCAAUUUGGGAAUUUGGAAAGCGGUAUGAGAUUAUGCGUUCAGUGGGAUGCUUUGCUCCCUGGACUUUCACUUUCAUCAUGGUUUUGGACGUGUCAUUGCUCAUUUUCCUUAAGCCAGAUCGCCCAACAGUACCUUCAUCGGAUCCAAGCCCCACUCCAAGUCCGCUGCUUUGUCAGAACCAGAGGCCACGUGAAAAGCUGCCACUUGAUUGGCGAGUUCUUCGUCCUGGCAUUUCAUUCCUUGAGAAGUCUCAGUUGAAGCACCUUGGCCCUGCGAGGGAUCCACGAGAGACAAGUGAAGCUUGGGAGAAGCGGCAAGUUUCGAUUGGUGUAAUAGCUCAGCCUGACAUGGAUGCAGCAUUUGUGGCCAGUUCAGUCCUGCAAAUAGUGCAACAUGGUGCUGGCGAUGCUACCAUAGCACUCUUGGUGGGUCAGGCAAGAAAUAGCCCUUGGAGCCCAAGACGGCAAGAGUUUGUCCAGAAGCUUCGCGAGCUUUUGCACCAGGGAGGAGAUUUGCUGCAUCUCUUAGACCCGUCUGCAGAUUUGUACCCAGAGGCACCUACGAAAACAGAGAAUGUGGACCUCGCAUUGUUGACAGCGUUUUUGGAGCCCUUGAGCGAUGCUUUCAUGAUGGUUGAGCUUGAUUGUGGUUUGGUGAAAGAUUAUCCCUAUCAUUUGAGGCGUUUUACACAGACACUGGACUCUUUGUCUACUCCUUGGAUAGUGGUGGAAUUUACUGGGCCCGGCCACACACGGAAACUUCUUCGUUCACGGUUGCUUCCCAGAUUUCGAGAGAUGCUGGUGAUGUUUCCAAAUGUUCCUGCAGCGUCCCUUUUUUGGGAUUUUAUCGAUGUUGUCGGCAACGAAACCGCUCCAAAGUCAAUUUACUUGGGCACUGAUGCAGGAAAGCGAGACCGGCCUGAUGUAAAAUUGCAGCAUAACAAACACCAGGCGCUCAUAGAGCACCUUGGAGAUGUGUCCUCCCUGGAGGGCAAAGUGCAAAGAGCUCAAGAGGCCUAUUUCAAAAACAAUGUUUUGGUGGAGUCACUUUUCGACAAUCCUCCUGGAAUGCUCAAGACCAACAUUCCUGGGAGUCGGCAGGACAUUUUACAAGCAGUCUAUGAUGGUUCCAAAACUGCUGGGGAGGUCACUUGUGGAGGGCAUUCGGCUAAAUCGUGCAGCGAAUGUCCACAAGGCCAUGGAGCAAGCUGGUGCAACAGAGAUUGUGGUUGGGUGGAUGGCACGUGCAAAACCUUGUACAAGACGGACAAAGUGACCACAAGCCAGGAUGUAUAUUUUGAGCUUGUCUUUGAAGAUGCUCAAGAUGUGGAGAUUGUGAGCUUGAGCAUGGGUGGUACCGUGAAACCACCUUGCAGCAACUGCAAGGACAAGCCAGAUGAGAGUCCAGACGAUGACUUUGCUCACGCUUUGGAUGAUGCUGAAUUGCUUUUUGCCCGGGGCCAGAAGGAUCUGAUGGGUGAGGUUGGAUGCGAGAAAUAUUUCAAAGUUCGAAAUAUCGCAGGGCGAGAAGUCUUUUGGAAGAGCAACAGUAGCCGCUUUGUCACUGCAGUGAAGUGCGUCAGGAUCUCCAUUCCGCGCGCUCAAGAACAUGCACUGAUCCUUCGGGCGUUUCAAAUCCGGAGUUCUAAGGCGGGUUACAACAAUGUAGCAAGCCUGGCAGCGGCUGGUUUCAAUUUACCAUCCACCUUGGAAUCAAAAUGGUCGUUUCCCAGGACACCUUUGCAAACCUAUAAUGCACUCAACUCCGAGCAGGCUGCAAUGUGGCAGGAGCAUCACUUGGAGUGGGUUCUCUUGAUGAGCGUGGCCUUGGUGUCUGGAGCGUUUGCCGGAGUGCUUGGAUGCUUGUUCCCCAAGCAGCGAAAGCGCCGAAAGCUUGCACCAACGUGAGGCAUUGCAAGCUGUUAAGUAGCCAAGAGCUGACGGAGGCAAGGAAGGAGGAAAAAUAAGAAAGAGAAGAAUUUGAGAAAGAGAAGGAUGGUUUGAGAAGGAACUUGGGAAGGAACACGAGAAAGGAGAACUUCUCAACUCGUAGAGGAGGAGUGCAAAGAGGAGCUCAGAACGCUCAGAGAGGUUUGGAGCAUCGCGAGGGACGCCCUGAGCUUCAACUGGACAUUGGCCUCGGCUUCAAACAUGGACACGUCGAAGACGUGAGCGCAGAAAUGCAGAGGAAAAAAAUAUCAACAGAUUAGAGAUACAGAGAUACAUAGAAACUUCCAUCGAUCAAGAAGCAUCAAUAGGUCGAUAAGCAUCAAGCACGUUUGUCAAAGUUAAAAACGUAUCUUUUUCACUCGACAAUGCGCUGCUUUUGAUAGCUGCAGCCGCGCAUUGCACGUUCAUACGCAAGGCGCUAGGAGAGGAGGGCGACUCCCAGCUCCCCUACUUUGCCGC